AAUCCAACCCGUUCACGUACACGUGUCAGUCAGGAGAAGGCGGCGCAGGGGUCUGAACCGGUUUCGGCCAUUAAGGGAUCCUAUUAAAGCUUCUGUUACGAUCACUUCUUCACUCAGAUUACGCAAUUUGCAAAACAAACGAACAAAGCACCCAAACCCUAAAUUUGCUCAACUUCUUUUCUUGUUUAUUUUUUCAAUCUCUAUAUACUCUUCACUACGCUCAAUUGCGUUGUUGAAUCCUGGAUUCAAAAGCUGUGAAGAAGGUUCCGGAAGGCGGUGUCAUUUUGAGUUUUUGAGUGUUGAAAAUGAUUGUAGGUCAGAAUUUGUUAGCAGAAACGGAGAUAAUUUGUAAGAAAGGCUUAACUGGUGCGGUUUUAGAUGUGCAGUAUCAUGUAAACAGCUCUAUUUCGACUCCGAUUUUUCACGAGCUUCGUGUUUCGGACUCGGUUCCCAUUGAAUCCGAAAUCUCGGGCUUUGAAUCGGUUGUUAGUUGUUCAGAGACCAUUAAAAAUACUGUUGUUGAGCCUUCAUCUGGCGAAUCUUUCCCAAGAAUUCGUUCUGGUAGCUUCGCUGACAUUGGACCUAGAGUGUCAAUGGACGACGAACACAUUUGUAUUGAUGAUCUAUCUGCUUGUCUUGGGUCAAUCUUUGAGUGUCCUAUGCCAUGUGCUUUCUAUGCUGUAUUUGAUGGCCAUGGUGGACCAGAAGCGGCCGUUUUCAUCAAGAAGAAUGCAAUGAAAUUAUUUUUUGAGGAUUCAGAUUUGCCACCAAUAUCUGAUUUUGAUGACGUUUUCUUAGCUGAGUUGGAGAAUUCUCAUAGGAGAGCAUUUUUACUGGCAGACCGUGCCUUGGCUGAUGACUGCAGUGUGGGCAGUACUUGCGGUACAACGGCACUGACUGCCCUAGUACUUGGACGCCAUUUACUGGUUGCAAAUGCUGGUGAUUGCCGGGCAGUUCUCUGUAGGAAAGGAGUUGCAGUUGAUAUGUCUAAAGAUCAUAGGCCUUCCUAUCUUCCAGAACGCAGACGAGUUGAGGGGUUAGGGGGUUAUAUUGAUUAUGGAUAUGUCAAUGGUUAUCUAUCUGUUACUCGAGCGCUGGGAGACUGGGAAUUAAAACUCCCACUUGGGUCUGCAUCACCUCUCAUUGCUGACCCAGAUAUUCAACAAGUUGUGUUAACAGAGGAUGAUGAAUUCCUAAUAAUUGGGUGUGAUGGUAUCUGGGAUGUCAUGUCAAGUCAGUAUGCAGUUAGCCUUGUCCGCAGGGAGCUUAGGCGACAUGAUAACCCACAGCAAUGUGCUCAAGAACUAGUGAUGGAAGCUUCACGUCUGAAUUCAUCUGAUAAUCUAACUGUGAUUGUUAUAUGCUUUACUUCCCUUGCUCGUGCUGAGUCAUGUCCUCCUCAGCGGCUUAGGUUCAGGUGCUCAUGUUUAUCUGAGGAGGCAAGAAAUAGACUGAAGAGCUUGUUAUUAGGCAAUUGAUCUUGUACAACAAUUGUUUUAUACACUUUACUGAUAAAUUUGAAAAGUGGCUGUUUUCUGUUUUAAGGCUGUUUUAGAUGGUUCAGGGGAAAAAAAAAAGAAAAGAGCAGCCAGCAAUUUUGCGGGUGUAGAAGAGAGGACGCUAGGCCUUGUGAAAUUAUUCUUAUUUCAAUGAAUUUGGGUCUCUUCAAUAGCCCACCCAUA